AUGAACAAAAUUGCAGAUGCACUGUCACGGUUACCAACUAUAAAUUUACCAGUUUUGGUUUCAACGGAAGAAUUACUUGAAGAGCAGCAAAUAGAUGAAGAACUGCAAAAUUUAAUAGGAAGACCAAAUCAAAUGGACAAAUGGGCAGUCAGACCAUACAUACCUAAAGCCCUAAGGAAAAGGAUUUUCGAGGCUAUACACAAUUUGUCCCAACCAGGAGGAAAAGCUACGAAGAAGAUUAUAGCAAAAAGCUUCAUGUGGCCACAGAUGAGAGAAGAUAUUACCAAUUGGGUGCGUUCUUCUUUAGAUUGCCAACGAGGGAAGGUUCACAGACACAAUAAAAAACAACCACAGCAUAUUGAAGUUCCAACUGGAAGAUUUGAACAUAUACACGUGGAUAUUAUGGGACUUCUUCCACCAUCCAAAAAUUUUGGAUAUUGCCUGACUAUAAUAGAUAGGUUUAUACGUUGGCCUGAAGCAAUCCCAUUAAAGGACAUAUCAGCUGAUUCAGUAGCAAUAGCAUUAUUUAAUAAUUGGAUUGCAAGAUUUGGAACGCUAAUAACAAUGACCACGGACCCAGCAUAUAAUGGAUUAGUAGAAAAAUGGCACAGAUCAUUUAAAACAGCCAUCAUAUGCCAUAAGGAUAAUGAGUGGACAGAAAUUUUGCCCACGGUAUUGUUAGGUCUGAGAACGAGUUUUAAAGAGGAUAUUAAUGCAACAGCAGCUGAGGUGAUAUAUGGAAGCAGCAUACGCUUACCAGGAGAAUUUUUUAAGCAAGGCGAAAGAAGCGACCCAGAACAUUUUAUUAAUAAAUUCCGACAAUGUAUUAAGAGAAUUAAACCAAUUACAACCGCUCACCAUUCCAGGCGUAAGGUAUUCACGAAUAAAACGUUAUAUACAUGUACACAUGUUUUUGUUAGGAUAGAUGCUGUAAAAGAAUCAUUGGAUCCACCUUACGAAGGGCCAUCUCAAAUUUUAAAAAGAUUCUCAGACGAUGUAUUUCAAAUUAAUUAUAAAGGAAAACCCACAAAUAUAUUCAUCGAGCGAUUAAAACCGGCAUUUACGGAAGAUGUGGGAGAAACAAGCGGAGAAGGAUCAAGAAGUACUGAACUUUGA